CUCCCUCCUGCGCAUGCGCCCGUGGCCGGAAGCAGGGCGGGGUGGGGCAGCGGCGGCCAUGGCCAUGGCGGAGAAGUUCGACUCCCUCGAGGAGCACCUGGAGAAGUUCGUGGAGAACAUCCGGCAGCUCGGCAUCAUCGUCAGCGACUUCCAGCCCAGCAGCCAGACGGGGCUCAAUCAGAAAUUGAAUUUCAUGGUGACGGGCUUGCAGGAUAUCGACAAAUGCCGGCAGCAGCUUCACGAUAUCAGCGUGCCUUUGGAAGUCUUUGAAUACAUCGAUCAAGGCCGCAACCCUCAGCUCUACACUAAAGAGUGUCUGGAGCGAGCUUUGGCUAAAAAUGAGCAAGUAAAAGGAAAAAUUGACACAAUGAAGAAAUUUAAAAGCCUGUUAAUUCAAGAACUGACAAAGGUGUUCCCAGAAGACAUGGCAAAGUACAAAGCUAUUCGAGGAGAAGAUCCUCCUCCCUAAGUUGGCCUUUUAUAGCUUUAAAAAUAUCCCAUAAACUGACACCACCUUAUAAAAACAUUGAUUGGAGAGAGGGGGAAUCCAGGCCCUCAUAACAACUGUACUAAAAAUGGCAGUGAUGGGCUGUAAAGGAGCCUAAUGAUUGUUGAUGGUUGUGGUCUGAAGCUGCUUUAUCUUUCUGAAGACUUCUACUCAGACACUGUAGUUGAAACUUUCUGUGGUAAUCUGCUUUUCUUUCCUGAAAGGUUUUGGAGAUUUGUAAAUGCCUACAGGUCAUCAAUACAGAGCAUUUCCCACAAAGUGCAUUUCCGGAGCAGAAAAACACGGUUUUUUGGCCUCUGAAAACUGUGCCUCAGGAUUGUGCACUUGUCUGUUUUUAAGAGAAAUACAUUUAUUACAGUUGAUUAUUUUUCAUUUGUAAACUUUGGGGUUUUUUUAAUUGCAGUACAAACAGUUGGCUGCUUUUGUCUUGCCAAAUUCUGUUGAGCAGGAGCCUGUCAAGGGCUGCAGUUUUCAUGUGUCAUAAUUAGUUGCAGCCAGGAAAACCUUCAGAUGUUUUCUUUUGUUCUAUGAGCUACAGUGCAGGUGGCUGAGGAUAAAGUGAGCAUACCUGGGGACUGUCUCCUCAGCAACUUUAAUGUUUUGUACAGUAUUUAAUGUAAGCUUUUGUUUAUUCAUAUUCUGCAAACACGUUGAAUAAAAAUUUGAAAAAAUCUAAAUCCUGAGUUUUUCUGUUGUAUGCUGCUCUUUGGAGUGUGAACUGAAAGCUGUGAAAAAAUAGCAUAUUCCUCAGUUCCACGAUUUUAGAAAUAAAAUGCGUAUCAAAACUUGGCUGUUAAAAUUUUA